UGCCGUAAUGAGCGGACGGCAAAGGACGCUUUUCCAGACCUGGGGCAGUAGUGUUUCCCGAUCUGUAGACGCUCCAGGUCUCAACUCUGGAACUGAGCGGCCGCAGAGCCCGGGCAACUCCAGGUCGUGUUGCCCCGCACCAGCUGCCGAGGCUCAGCCGGACUCGGACGAUGAUGUGUUUCUGGUCGCGGCGUUUGAGGCUGAGCAGCAGCUAGGUUUGGAGGAUGGCGGUUUCUGCGCGUCAACAGGGACGCUGUGGAUUUACCCAACCAACUACCCGGUGCGGGACUACCAGCUGCAAAUCGCCCAGACCGCUCUGUUCUGCAACACUCUCGUCUGUCUGCCCACUGGAUUGGGCAAGACUUUUGUUGCCGCCGUGGUAAUGUACAAUUUUUACCGCUGGUUUCCUUCCGGCAAGGUCGUCUUCAUGGCUCCCACGAAACCCCUGGUGGCACAGCAGAUCGAGGCUUGCUACCGGGUGAUGGGUAUCCCGCAACUCCACAUGGCUGAAAUGACAGGAUCUACUCAGGCCUCUACGAGGAAGGAAAUAUGGCACAAGAAGAGAGUCCUUUUUCUUACACCUCAGGUCAUGGUAAAUGAUCUUUCUAGAGGAGCUUGUCCUGCUGCCGAAAUAAAGUGUCUAGUUGUUGAUGAAGCUCAUAAAGCCCUUGGAAACUAUGCUUAUUGUCAGGUUGUAAGGGAGCUAGUCAAAUAUACAAAUAACUUUAGAGUCCUGGCUCUCAGUGCCACCCCAGGUAGUGAUGUAAAGGCUGUACAACAGGUUAUUACUAACCUAUUGAUAGGGAAGAUAGAACUUCGUUCUGAAGAUUCUCCAGAUAUUUUGCCAUAUUCUCAUGAAAGACGAGUUGAAAAGCUUGUUGUUCCCCUUGGUGAAGAACUUACAGCAAUCCAAAAUACAUACAUCCAGAUUUUGGAAGCAUUUACCAGUCCUUUGAUUCAGAAGAAUGUUUUGAUGAGCAGAGAUAUCCUCAGCUUUACAAAAUACCAACUAAUUCUGGCAAGAGAUCAAUUUAGGAAGAACCCAUCUUCAGAUAUUAUGGGAAUCCAGCAAGGCAUUAUUGAGGGAGAGUUUGCUACUUGUAUUAGUUUAUAUCAUGGUUAUGAAUUGCUGCAGCAAAUGGGAAUGAGAUCUUUAUAUUUAUUCCUUUGUGGAAUUAUGGACGGGACUAGAGGAAUGACUCGAGCGAAAAAUCAACUUAACCGAAAUGAAGACUUUGUGAAACUCUUUGAUCAUCUGGAAUGUCUAUUUGCACAUACACACAAUACAAAUGGUAUUUCCACUAUCCCAAAAGGACAUAAAGUUGGGGAGUUUUUCUAUAGUCAUCCAAAGUUAAAGAAAUUAGAAGAAGUUGUAGUUGAUCACUUCAAGUCAUGGAAUGAGAAAAACACUGCUGAAAAGAAAUGUGGCGAGACCAGAGUUAUGAUCUUCUCAUCAUUUCGAGAUAGUGUUCAAGAAAUUGCAGAAAUGCUUAUUCAACACCAGCCUGUUAUUAGAGUAAUGACCUUCGUUGGCCAUUCUUCAGGGAAGAGCAUGAAGGGUUUUACCCAGAAGGAGCAGCUAGAGGUAGUGAAAAAAUUUCGUGAUGGUGGUUAUAACACAUUAGUUUCUACCUGUGUUGGUGAAGAAGGCUUGGAUAUAGGAGAAGUUGAUCUUAUAAUAUGUUUUGAUGCUCAAAAAAGCCCAAUUCGUCUUGUGCAACGAAUGGGUAGAACAGGCCGCAAACGUCAAGGCAGGAUUGUCAUUAUCCUUUCUGAAGGGCGAGAAGAGCGUACUUAUAAUCAAAGCCAGUCCAACAAAAGAAGUAUUUAUAAAGCUGUUUCAGGUAACAGGAAAGUUCUUCAUUUUUACCAAAGAAGUCCACGAAUGAUUCCUGAUAGAAUCACUCCAAAAUUACACAAAAUGUUCAUCACACUUCCAGACUAUGAACCUGAGAAGCCUUCAUGGAACAUGCAGCGUAAGUUCUCUACUUUUUCUUAUGUUAAUGGAAUGAAGCAAAAUAACUCAAAGAGAGAUUGGUCCUUAUCAGAAGAAGAAUUUAAAUUAUGGACCAGAUUUUAUAGAUUAAGAGACAGUGAUGAAAUUAAGGAGAUCACUUUACCUCAAAUUCAUUUCCCAUCUUUACAAAAUGAGGAAUUCAAGCCAACUCAAGAACCAACCAUUGGAGUUCGUCAACUCUCUCUGUCUGAAUGGAGAGUGUGGCAGGAUCAUCCUCUUCCUACUCAUCAAGUUGACCAUUCAGAGCGAUGCCAUCAUUUUAUUAAUAUUAUGCAAAUGAUAGAAGAAAUGAGAUAUGAAGAGGAAGAAUGCAGCUAUGAAAUGAAAAUUAAGUCUUAUUUACAAAUGGAAGAUGUUAAUACAACAUUUAAUGGUUCCAAGAUUGCUGGCAACUAUACAAGUGAUAAAAAAUCUUUGUCUACAGAGGGUGCAAAUAAAGGCAGUUCAUUCUUAGUUACAGACUAUGAUGAAAAAUAUACUGAAGAUUUUAAACAGUCUUGUAUUAAAUCCUCUAAAAUUGUUUUUCAGAAAAACAAAGCUUCUGAAGAAAUUAUGAAAGAUCAGCUUGAUAAAGAUCACAAUGAUAAUGCUAUUGAUUUUUUAUAUACUGAAGGAAAUUCUAAUGCUGAAAAUACUUUUCAGGCAGACUUACCAUGUGAUAAAAUGGCAUCAGAUACAGAUGAAGUUGUUGCAUGCACUAUCAAGGAAAAUGUUGUUAAUCAGCCAUAUGUAUUAAAAGACUGUCAAUUAAAAUGUAGUUCAUUUGCUGGAAAUUUUUUGGAUUCUGGCUAUAUUAGUUUCAGUGAUGAAAAAUCUGUUGAGGAAGAUACUUGUUUAGGUAGAAGAACAAGUGAUCAAUUUUAUGAUUGUCACUCUUUGACAAAAGAGGUACUGGCUAAUGUAGAGCAAUUUUUAUCUUAUUCUCCUCCACCUCUUUCUGAACUCUCAAACUUGGAAUAUGAAAUCACAAAGAAUUCUACACUCAAUUCUGUUUUCCUACCAUACACAGAGCAUUAUCAAAAUGAUAAAUCCACCAAUUUAAUGCUGUCUUCAUCUGAGAAUUCUCAACAGAAUUUGAAGUUGAAUUCACUAAAGUUAACCUCUUUUCAUAUUAAUCACCAUUCUCAAAAAAAUUGUCUUUAUGGUGCAAGUAAUGAUACAAUUUGUAAUGAGUCAAAUGAUAAAAACUAUGAUGAUAAACUACACAAAGAUACUAAAGAUGAAAAUUUAGUACCUAACAAUAGUGUUCAAAUAAGCUUUGACCCUUUAAGAAAUUUAGUUAAAGAAAAGAAUCCUGAUGUUGACAACAGUGAACUCCCAAAAUGUUCUGAUCAGGAUGAGAGCUUACUAUUAUUUGAUGAUGUUAAUCCUGAAUUUAAUGAUGUGAUUCUGUCUCCCUUAAAUAAUAAACACAAACCUUUAUGUGGGUCAGACAAAACUGCUUUAAGUGAAAUGCCAGUCAUCACUCACUUCUUGAUUUCUGAUGAACUUUUAUUAAACAAUGAUUCUGAAUCCCAAGAUCAAAUAAUCUGUGAUGAUGAUAAUUGGAAAUUUCAUGAAAGCUUGAGAGUUGAACAUGAAGAAAAACUGAAGAAUGUUGAACAUGUUUUUGACUUCUCGAAAGAUUUAUUCUCAGUUACCUUUGAUUUAGGAUUUUGUAGUCAAGAUUCUGAUGAUGAAGUGUUCGAAUUUUCAUCAGAUAAAAAUAAGAACAAACUUGUAAAUGAUCUCCCUGGAAGCUAUAUAGAUAACAAAGAGACAAAUGAUGCAAAUUAUGUGUCAAAUCAAGCAUUACUACUUGAAGAUAAUAGUGAAAGUUUCAUGAAUAGAUCCACUACUAUUCUAUCAAGUGAAGAAAAGCAUAAUUCAAAUAUAGCACUUUUGCCAAUAGAUACAGCAAAAAUUAAGGAAGUGACAUCUCUUGGUUAUUCUCAGUUUUAUUUUCCAGUAGGAGAGAAAGCUAUGAGUACACCACUUUCUAAAUCAAAUGCAGUGAGCUCAUUUUCCAAGGUAGGAGAGGAUAUGCCCAAGACACCAAGCUCUACUAAAAAAAAAGUAAGACUACAAAGUUUAAAUAAAGCGCUGAAUUCAAGCUUUGGUUCAGAACCAUCUCCAGUGAAAGAGAAAAGCUGUGAAAAAGUCAAUUUACAUGCAUCCUGUCAUUUUGUUGAAGAUGAGCAAUUAUUAACAAGCUCUGAAAGUGAUGAUGAAAUUUUCCAAAGAAGUAAGAAGACAAGAAGAAAUGUUUUAGAGUCCCCUGAGGAUCAGAAAAAUAAUGAGGUUGCUUCUCCAGUUCAUGCUGUCAAAAAGCGGAGAAUUCUUCCAAAUAGAUCAGAGUUAUCAUCUGGUGACGAGAGUGAGAAUUUUCAAAAAUGUCAUUUCAACGAUGUCAAGGGUUGUAAAAAGACUCCCAAAAGAAGUGUCAAAAUCCCCAAAAGAGAUAGCCACCUAAAGCAUGUAGCUAGGCAAUUUUUAGAUGAUGAAGCAGAACUUUCCCAAGAGGAUGCAGAAUAUGCUUCAUCAGACGAAAAUGACGAGUCAGAAAAUGAACAAGAUUCCUCAAUACUUGACUUCUUAAAUGAUGAAACUCAACUUUCACAGGCUAUUAAUGAUUCUGAAAUGAGAGCUGUUUAUGCAAAAUCUUUGCACAGUCCACUGAUGAACAAUAAGUACAAAAUGGUCCAAAAGAAACAUAACAACAUAAACAUUUUUUCACAGAUUCCUGAGCAAGAUGAAACCUAUUUGGAGGACAGUUUUUGCGUUGCUGAAGAGGAGUCUUUCAGAAGCCAAUCAAGUGAUGAAGAAGUUUGUGUCGAUUUUAACUUAAUAACUGAAGAUUGCUUUGGCAAUGGAAAUAAAAAAUAUAAAACCAGGCAUGCAGUAAAACAAAUGAAGACCCGACAAAACUGUGCACUUUCUAAAAGGAAGUUUUCCAGAAUUGUUUUACCAGAUGAUUCAAGUGAAGAGGAAAAUAAUGUAAAAGAUAAAAGAUGUUCCAGUAUUGUGGUUAAGCCAAGCACUGUUAACAAGAAUGAGCAACAGGACCAUCAUCUCAAUUUUGUGCCUUCUGGGUCAUUAUUCCAGUCUAAGGUCCAUUCUAAUCCAAUUGCCCUCCAGUCUCAGAAGCAGACACCACAGUCACCACUUCAUGUAAGGGAUACAGUUUCUGAAGCAUUGGACUUCAAACCUCUGAAGCAUACUAAAAUCAGAUCUCCUUCACCAUCUUUCAGAACUGUUGAGUCAUGGAAAGACAGUAAAAAAUUUCCAAUUCAGCUGAAGGAUUGUAGCAAUACAGAAGAGGCUUCGGUGGCAUAUUCAAAUUCAAAACCUUAUUUGCCUGGAACUCAUACUUCUCUUAGCCUUCCACAGGAAGGAAAAAGAACUCGUAUUCUUGUGGAUAGUCGUGAAAUCACUUCUGGUUCAGAAGUCAUUUCUUCCCUACGUGCAGUCCAUGGAUUAGAAGUAGACAUUUGUUCUCUUAAUGGUUGUGAUUACAUAGUGAGUAAUCGCAUGGUGGUAGAAAGGAAGUCUCAGUCUGAGAUGUUAAAUAGUAUCAAUAAGAACAAGCUCAUUGACCAGAUCCAGCACCUACAAAGCAUGUUUGAAAGAAUAUGUCUGAUUGUGGAAAAGGACAGAGAAAAACCAGGAGACACCUCAAAGAUGUUUAGGAGAACCAAGAGCUAUGACAGCCUGCUGACUGCUUUAAUCAGUGCUGGAAUACGAAUUCUUUUCAGUUCCUGCCAAGAAGAAACAGCAGAUUUGUUAAAAGAACUGUCAUUAGUGGAAGAAAGAAAGAAUGUUGGUAUUCAUGUUCCAGCAGUAGUGAACAGUAGUAAACGGGACACACUUCAAUUUUAUCUAAGUAUUCCCAAUAUAAGUUAUAUAACCGCAUUAAAUAUGUGCCACCAUUUUUCAUCUGUAAGCAAAAUGACAAACAGUGCACCUCAAGAAAUCUCUCUGUAUGCACAAGUGACUCAUCAAAAGGCUGAGGAAAUCUAUAGAUACAUUAACCAUUUAUUUGACAUGCAAAUGUUACCAAACAGUCUUAACCAGGGUGGAUUGAAAUCCAAUGUAUGA